CGAGAGGAAUCUUCGUCAGCAUUUUACGUGUCGAUCCCUUGACGAGCCACCACAACAUAUCUACUUCACCACCACCGCCACCACCAACGAAGUAAAGUGGGCUUUUCCAGCGGCAGCCCAUUCUUUCUUUUGUCAACCUCCGCCACCGGCACCUCGCCUUCACUUCCGUAACCACAUUGUGCCAUGUCGUACAGGACAACAGCGUCGGGCGCUACAACGCGCCUGAUGAGUGAGAUGAAGACGCUACGAAAGGAGAAGUGGAUUCACUUUGAAGAUGACGAUUCUGCGACCCUCAACAUCCUCAAGUGGCGCUUCGGCCUCAUGGUUAUCAACCCCGACAGCGCCUUUAACGGGGGGUACUUCCGGGCCGAGAUGGUAUUUUCGGACGAAUACCCCUACCAGCCGCCCAAGUUCCGCUUCCUGAUCCCCAUCACCCACCCCAAUGUGUAUCCGGACGGCCAGCUCUGCAUCUCGAUCCUGCACACACCCGGCGAGGACCUAAUGUCUGGCGAGCAGGCGAGCGAGCGUUGGUCGCCGCUCCAGGGCGCCGAGAGUGUGCUGAGGUCGGUUCUGUUGCUGCUGGACGACCCUGAAAUCAACAGCCCCGCCAACGUGGACGCGGGCGUCAUGUACCGCGACCGCCGAGAGGAUUACAACAAGAAGGCCCGGGAAACGGUGGAGAGAUCAAAGAAGGAUAUCCCGCCAGGAUUCGAGAUGCCGGUCAGCUUUGAGGAAAAGCCGCCUCCGAAGGCGGAGAACGACGACGACUUUUGGGCCGAGUCGGAUGAGGAGUUUGACUUUGGUGGUAGUGACACCGGGGAUGACGACGAGAUGGAGGACUUUGAGGACGGGGAGGAAGGGAGCGAGGAUGACGACGACGAUUCCAACUCCAAGCAAUAGACGGACUUGCUUGCUUGUUGUUUCUUCAACAGCAGCAGCAACCGUUUAUAUCGUUGGUGUCAAGCUGGGAUGGGUUUGGUCCGGGUCAGGAUGGUGAUGAUAUACCUUUCUCUUUCUUAUUCUUGUUCUUUUUCAACCCGUGAUAUUUGCAUAGCGUCGGGGACACUCGCGGUGUGUUUGGGCGUUUUCGUGGUCUCCCAAGCAGACAUAUCUGGUGGGAAUUUCAUUGGUCGCUUUUUUACAUACAGAGACACACCGUCACCCAAGUACUUGCCUAUCCUUAGCCACAAUGUUCUUGCACAGCGGAAGACACUGGCAAAGACGGGAAGCGGUCUGGCCUCAUAGUUACAUAGAAUACCUUUAGCGGAAACGUCUAGACUAGAGCUAUAGACUCAACUUUCGUUUUCAUGGAGCGAUGAGCGGAUGUAGCCUCGCGAUGGCAUCGCUUAGUUCAGAG